AUGACCGAUCCCCAAGUGAAGGCCUCCCCAGCUCCUAGCGUGCCGACCGCAGCCGAGCGAUCAAAACGAAACAAAAGAGACAGUCGCAAAAAGCGCGAAGCCAAAGGAUUGGACGCCGAGAGCGCUCCUCCAAAGAAAAAGGCCAUGGCGGUUGUUGCUUCUGGUCGUCCAUCCGUUCUUCUUUCCAUGCUCAGACCUGCGGUGCUUGUUGAGCCUCGUACCUCGGAUAUGUAUCCUCCACAGCAAAGGCAGAUGAAUUUUCUAUACCGAAAAACAUCCAGCGUGUUAAACAAGAGCUGGGACUUUCAUGAAGUCGCGGAUAAGCUCACAAACAAGAACGGUUUCCGGUAUAGCUACGCUAUUUCAGAUCCUAACUUCAAGAACAUCAAAUAUCGACAAACCGAUGUUGCGCCGUAUCAUGCUCGCUUCAGUUUCGAAGAUUCCCCCGCCGCAAUUGCCUUUACAAAAGAUGGUCUGGCUGUUGCAACAAGUGAUGCUUGGCAUUCUGCUCGAGCAAAUGUUUGUGCGCGUGAAGGUUCAUAUUAUUACGAAGCGCGAGUUAUAAGUGGCAUUGUCAAGGAAUCACAAUCUACUACCAAUGGCAAUGUUCCAAACCCCGCCCCUUCAUCAAGAGGCCAUGUUCGUCUUGGAUUCUCGCGACGAGAAGCAGAAUUAGACGUCAACGUCGGUGUGGACUGUUAUGGGUAUGGGAUACGAGAUGUGAAUGGAGAGGUGAUCAACCGAAUGCGCUGUGAGCAUUUCUUUGACAAAGGCGAAAGCGUCGAUGAAGGCGACGUCAUUGGCCUGCUCAUAACAUUACCGUCUCUAUCUCUGCACAAAAAAGUUGUCGAAGGCACCUAUGACCCUUCUACCGAAAAGCCAGCAAAAGAACCCCCUACAGUAACAAACUUCAUCCGUGACCGAGUACCUUUCCAUCUCAAAUCAGACUUCUGCUGGCAACAGUCCAACAUCUACCCCUCAAAACAACUCCGUGAUUAUGCAUUCAACCUCAAAGAAACCCCAACAUUCGGCCCCCCAUCUCCCCUGAACAGCGAAGACGCAUCUCUCCGCACCCUCCCCGGGUCCAGUAUCACAAUAUUCAAAAAUGGUGUUCAAAUGGGGACCGCAUUCAAAGAUCUCUUCGCAUUUUUGCCUCCUGCAAGCCGUCUGACAAACGGCACCAACAAUCUCGGCAUCGGCGAGCGAGAGAAUGCAGACGACGGCAUGAUCGGCUACUUCCCAACCGUCAGCUGCUACGGCGGUGGCGCUGUCGAGUGCAGAUUCGAGUCUCCGUGGUGGUACGGGCCACCAGCGGUCGAAUCUCUGAAAGGCGAGGACGGCGAUGUUCCUCCUCCCACCGUCAUAAAGCCCUUUGGCGAACGAUUCAACGAUCAAAUCGUCGAGGAUAUCGUGGCUGAUAUCGUUGAUGAUAUUGAGGCAAUGCUGCUAUGGGGAGGCGAGGGCAACAAGAAAAAGAAUAAUAACAAUGCAGACAUAACUAUGGGCGACAACCCCACGAAUGAUGCGAAGUCUUCACAAUCUGCAACCCCGGCUAUCAUCAACACGGAAUUCAGCGGCUCGGGCGAAUCUGCCGUCGUCGCUGCGACUGGUGUCAAUGCGGACGUUGCUCAGCAGGGUGUUGCGGCUGUCUAUGAGGCGGCCAUGUCGACGAGUGACCAACCCACUGUGCCUGUUAAUCCAGCGGAAGCGGUAGAUGCUAGUCAGGGGAUUAAUGGGGCCGCAGAUAUUGCACCUGCAGAGGGCCAACAGACGAAUGGUGUGCCAGAUGUUGAUGUAGCUACGAGAAAUGAGGAUGUUGAGAUGACUGGUAGUUGA